AUGGCCAUCGCCAUGUACGGUUAUAGCUGGCUCAAGCCGGCUGGAUGUGCCAAGACGAUGCUCGGGAGACGGGAGGAAGAGGUCGAAAGGGAGGAAGUCGAAAGGCAAUUGAGAGAGGUCGAACUCCAAGAGCGGCAAGCUCAGGAAACGGAGGAGCAGGAAAGACUGGCGAGGCUGAACGAGGCGGGAGAGGGUGAAGUGGAUGAAGGGGAGAGGGACUUAGACGAAGAUAUCCCCGACGCUGAUGAGGCGGACUUGGAUGGAGAGGAAGAUGAAGAAAGUGAGGAGGAUGUUGACCAUGGAAUUGAUGAAGGCGAAGAUGACGAGGCUUUACAAGUCGAUCUCGAUGAUGAGAUUCCCGAUGCGGAUGACCAGGACGACGACGACGACGACGACGACGUUGAACCCAUGUCGCCUGAUCCUGUUGGGGCGGACGGAAACUGGGUCUACGAUACCCGUCGAGAGCCGGACACUGACGACGAAGAACAGUUACCCCACCCACCUGCAACCAGUCGCCAUCCUCCUGGUCGUCUUGCGAUGGGAAGGGAUGGUAUGCACGCAACAGUCGCAGGUGUGCGUCUCCCACUUUCAGGAAGUGAUUAUGGCUAUGAUGAACGGGAUGCUGAGGACUUGACGGACUCUAUGCUCGAUCAGGAUGAGGUAUUUGAUGACCACGCUAUUGAAAGUAGCAACGCCGCCAUCGCCGAGCAUGACCUAGACGAAGAUGUUCCUGAAGCAGAAGAUGACCAGAUGUGGGAACAUACGGACACAGAACUCGAGGAGAGUGAGAUGGACAUAUCCGUCCUUCCUGGUCAAAGUGAAGGCCCUGGGACCACUGCAAUGGCCCAAACUCAGAAUCUACGCCCUCCUCCCAGUUCUGACCGCAUCUCGAUGCCGCGCAGCUCUGGCCCAUGGAUCACAGGACCUUCCCCUUCGCCCCAGACACAUGGACAGAUAAUCACUCGGCGUGGAGUGCAUGCCAGGCCUACUCCCGAUGCUGCCAUACGCGCCGCCAGGAUCGUGUCUGGGAACCGUCAACGCCAUUACCAUCAUGGACUCCCGAAUACGCGGCAUCAACUCAACCACACACCAGCGAUUCUGGAUAGCCCGCUUGACGUUAAUGAGGAAGAAGUCGACACCGACUUGGAACUGGAUACACCGGAUCCGUUUGCUGCCCCUAGAAAUUUGAGGGGAGGGGCUGCCGGCGGAACGACGGGACAAGAGAUUACACCCGGGGACGGCGCUGCCCGACCGGAAAUAGAUGAUAACAAUAAUCGAAGCCCAAGUCGCGCCGCCGCGGCACGUAACUGGCUUGACGGUGCAGCAGCAGCAGUUGUUGGUGGGAGCGGAAGUGCCCGGAGAACAUUAUUUCAGCGUGCGACGAGGAGAAGAAACAAUAUCGACACUGGCACGACGGCAGCUGCUCCUGGCACCGCACAGACUCUCCCCGGCGGUACCUCAAGUGGCGGGCUGUUCACCCCAUCUCCCCAUACUCAAGUCGCCGGCUCUGGCCGAGCGCAGGACCGACCAGGGGGAGCAGCACUGGAUUGGGACACGCCUGUGAAUGCGAACUCAAAUGCGAGUGGGGGUGAAGGAUUGUCAGGUCAAGGACAAGACCAGCGAGGAAGGGGAAGACGCACUGGACGGUUUCUGGGGUCACGGAGACGGGCAGAAUGA